AUGUUCAAAAAUCAGAUUGGGAGAAACAUAGAGGUCUACGUGGAUGAUUUGUUGGUAAAUAGUGAAACCCCCGAGCAACACCUGGAUGACCUCCGCGAAGCCUUUAUAGUAUUAAGGCAAUACCAGAUGAAGUUGAACUCGAUGAAGUGUGCCUUCGGUGUUUUGCGGAAGGCGCGGACAUUGGAUGAAGAGUGCAACCACGCGUUCGAGGCUCUCAAGAAAUACCUCACCAGCCCUCCGCUUCUCAGCCAACCCAGAUGUGGAGAAACUUUGGUCUUGUACCUAUCUAUCUCCCCACAGGCAGCUUCAUCGGCCUUAGUUCGAGAUGAAGGUGGGGUCCAAAAACAUGUGUACUAUACCAGCCAGGAUUACCUAGGAGCAGAGACUAGAUAUCCACGCAUAGAGCAACUUGCCUUUGCCUUAGUGGUGAACACCCGAAGACUUCGCUCGUACUUCCAGGCUCAUCUAGUAAGAGUCCUCACCGAGAUCCUCCUGAAGAAGAUCCUACAAAAGCCGGAUGCCUCAGGUAGCCUUACGAACUGGGCUGUGGAGCUGAGCGAAACGGGUCAAACACGCACCUCCCAUGAGGGUAAAAAGUAUAAUUAUGCUAUCAAGUUGGCAUUCAAAACCAUUAACAAUGAGGCAGAGAAUGAGGCACUAUUCUCUAGUCUGGUGGUCGCCAGGUCUCUAGGAGCCAAAGAAGUAGAGAUCCAACAUGUGUUGAUGGCAGAGAAUCAAAAGGUGGAUAAAUUGGCACAAGCGGCAUCUGGGCAAGAAGAUUCUCCCCUUCUAGAAGGAACAGGAGCUCCAGAAUGGGCGUUGGAUAUUGUCAAGUACAUAGAUGCCAACGAGGUACCAAAUGACAGGUGUGAAGCCAGAAAGAUCAGGAACAAAGCAUCGAGUUACACUCUAGUCGAGGGGGUCCUAUAUCGAAGGGGAUACUCCACACCUCUUCUGAGGUGCAUCUCAUUUGAAAAAGUCCAAUACGUGCUGGCAGAAGUACACAGGGGAAUUUGUGGUGACCACUCUGGAGGAAAGGUGCUGGCAGGCAAAGUGAUGAGCACGGGAUACUACUGGCCUCGCGCCCUACAGGAUGCUGAAGAGUACGUGCGGAAGUGCAAGAAAGCCAAGAAUAUUCUAAAGUGCCCCAUUACCCGCCAAAAGAACUGA